AUGUCCCUGGAUGGUACAACCGGAGAGUUGUCCUCCGGCGGACAGGCGCACGGCACAGCGCAAGUUCAACCAGUGCACCUGGAGCUGAGUGCCUACUACGGGCUAGCGCCUCCAGCAACCGGAACCGACACGAGCCAAGCAACGACGCCCGGGGCUGGGCACUCUCCUGGUGGCACUAGGCGCGCUACUGCUGCGCUGACGACAACCGACGCAAGCCAGCCCUCGAGGCAGCUCGUACAGGAGGUGCUGGCACGCGCUUCUAUCGGUGAGCUCCUGUCAGAAGCGCAAGCGUUUCAGGUGCAGGCGCUCGACGCGGAGACGGCGUUACAGCGAGCGGCUCUGCGUCUCUUCGAGGACUAUGAUGAAGCGGCUCGCUGGUGUUUUGCGCAGGGCCAAGUGCUGGCUGAGCUGCGGCGUUCGCUGCAAGAGUCUCAGCGAGGCCUCGAAGUGGUCAGCGACCUAUGCAACAAGUUUAGCGACCACUCGGAGGACCUCCAGGAUGCGUUAGAUACACUAGAAAAGAAGCUGCGCUUGCUCCAGCUCAUUCGGGUGACCGGCUUCGCCGUGCCCAUGUUCCAAGCGCAGCUAGCGCAAGGCGACAUCGAGGCUGUCGCAGAGCGCUACGCCCUGCUUCAGGAAGCGUUGCUUUCGCUGGGCGCUCUGCAUAGAGCUUUUGAUCGGCUAUAUUCGCGGCUGAAGCUGCAGAUUGGCUUGCAACUCGAACGAGCAUUAAGGGAAGGACUGGAAAAAUACGUGCAGCUGCGUUGGACGCAGGUCUGGCAGCGCGCAUCGACCGCUGAGCUGUCAGCGGUUGCAGAAGCCUCCAGCGAUGCGACGCUCCUCAGCUGCACGAGGAUCGAGGCUGCGCUGCAACGAGCGCACGGACAGCAGCGAAACAGUCUGGUAGAUCAAGUACGAACUCUUCUGUCUCAGGUACUAGGUUUGGAGCGAACUGUACCCGCUUCGCUCUGGGAGCCGGUGAUUACCAGCAUGCUGAACCCGCUGUACGCACUGGUUGAAGAGGCGGACCCAGUCGCUGCACCCGGCCUGGUGUCGGACUGGUUGCCCCGUUGGCUGGAGCGCUUCAGGGAGACGAUAGCACUCGAUCCGAGCCCAGCCGCGUUGGAAGCACUCUGCAAGGCGGUAGCCGCGAUGCCCUCGGUUUGGAGACGGACGUUGGCGUCGGCACUGCCUGCGCUUCUGGAGCAAAGCUUGAAUGAACGGUUGGCGGCCGAGGUUGUACCGCUCUGGAGAGAGAUGCUUUUACUGCUGGCCGAGGUACCCUGGUCACCGCCGCUGUAUCAUCGCAUCCAGUCGCAGGGUGAACAGCUCGUGACUUUACUGGAACAGCACCUGGAGCAGGCCCCUGCAAGCUUUCAAGUCUUGUUUGAGCACUUUGGCGAGGAUCCAAGCGAGUCCGCCGCGUCACACCCGCUUGCUGGAGCGACAGCGGAGACUGUGCCUCUCGUUCACCGUUCCGCUGCACCAGCGGUAGACGCUCUAGCCCAGGCUCUCUACGGGCGCCUUGUUUCGGAGGUAUGGCUGAGCGUACAAGGGGGUUCUCCGCUGGCGGUGGCGUUCCUGCUUUUAGCUGUGCUCGGAGGGCGCUUUCUCGCAGAUCCUGCUAUCGAGCAGGCCCACAUGAACCGGUAUAUGCGGCUGCGAGCACUUCAGGCGACACAUGAGCUCCUGGAGCAUGGCCUUGAAUCAACGAAAGUAUCUGCGUUGGGGGAGCAACUGGCGAGAGAGUCGGCUGUGGCAAGCGCUCUCGUCACCACUGGUCGGAAGCGGACUCGCGCACGACGAACGCCGAGCGACCUCCAGCCCAGGUCACUGGAUUUGGCUGUGCCUCCUGAACAGAUACGCAAAAGAGUGGAGGCCUGCGUUCGCUACUGGCAGCGCUAUGCCGUCGUAGCCACGAAGCCGUUCUCGAACGGUUCAGCGGCAGCGGGCUAA